GUGCCGCAGUGGGCCCGGCGGAGAGCGGCGGAGCCGGCGCCAGCCCAGCCCGGUCCCCGGCCCCACCAUGGCCGCUCUGCCCCGCUUCCUUCCCCUGCCCCUUCCCCUGCCCCCAUUCCCGGCCCUGUCCCGCUUCUUGCCCCUGUCCCUGACGCUGCUCCUGGCGCUGUCGGCGCUUCGCGGCCGCGCUCAGAGCUUCGGACAGACGCGUUUCAUCUGCACCUCGGUGCCGCUGGACGGGGACAUGUGCGCGGCUACGGCUCCGGGCGGCGGUUCGGCCGAGGAGCUGAAGAGCACCGUGCUGCAACUGCGGGAGACGGUGCUGCAGCAGAAAGAGACCAUCAUGAACCAGAAGGACACCAUCCGAGAGCUCACGGCCAAGCUGGGCAGGUGCGAGAGCCAGAGCGUGCUGGACGCGCUGCCCGGCGAGUCCAAGGGCGGCGGAGGGGGAAGGAAGCAGGGCGGCUUCUCCAAGAACACCAUGGGCGACCUGUCCCGGUCGCCGGCAGCCGAGACCCUCAGCCAGCUCGGGCAGACGCUGCAGUCCCUGAAAACCCGACUGGAGAACCUGGAGCAGUUCAGCAGGAUGAAUUCCUCCGGACAGAGCACAAACCUGAAGGACAUCCUGCAAAACAAGAUCGACGAUCUGGAGAAAGAGGUUCUGUCCCGGGUCAACAGCCUGGAGGAAGGCAAGUACAACCCCAAGAACGAGUCCGAGGAGCGGGGCAAGAUCGAGAGCACCCUCACGUCGUUGCAUCAGCGCAUCAGCGACCUGGAGAAAGGCCAGAAGGACAACCGCCCCCCGGAUAGGUUCCAGCUCACCUUCCCUCUGCGCACCAACUACAUGUACGCCAAGGUGAAGAAGAGCCUCCCCGAGAUGUACGCCUUCAGCAUCUGCAUGUGGAUCAAAUCCAGCGCCUCCCCCGGCAUGGGCACCCCGUUCUCCUAUGCCGUGCCCGGACAGGCCAACGAGCUGGUGCUCAUCGAGUGGGGCAACAACCCCAUGGAGAUCCUCAUCAAUGACAAGGUGGCCAAGCUGCCCUUUGUCAUCAACGAUGGCAAAUGGCACCACAUCUGUGUCACCUGGACCACGCGGGACGGCGUCUGGGAGGCGUACCAGGACGGCACGCAGACGGGCAGCGGCGAGAACCUGGCCCCCUACCACCCCAUCAAACCACAGGGCGUGCUGGUGCUGGGCCAGGAGCAGGACACGCUGGGUGGAGGGUUUGAUGCCACACAGGCCUUUGUUGGGGAGCUGGCACAUUUCAACGUGUGGGACCGGCGGCUGUCCCCGGGCGAGGUGUACGCGUUGGCCACCUGCAGCAGCAAGGCACAGGCUGGGAACGUCAUCUCCUGGGCUGAGACCAACAUCGACAUCUACGGCGGGGCCACCAAGUGGACUUUCGAGGCCUGCCGCCAGCUCAAUUAGGGCCAGAGACACGCGAGAGCCGCCCUCCUCAUCGGGUUCUUUCAGUCAUUUUGGGUUUUCCUCUUAUUUAUUUAUUUAUUUUGGUCGGGAUUUGUUUGUUCGUUCGUUUGUUUGGGUUUUUUUUUGCGCAAAACUGACUGAGAACGAAGCCCUCACACCCCUCACCCACCCUCCUUUGGAGCCGGGCCCCCCCUCCCCUUUCCCCUUCAUACCCGCAGUCCGGUUUCUGUCUUGCCAACGUUCUUCAAUGCCUGCGUGCCUUGGCCUGGCGUGGCUGCGCCUGCCCCGCUUCGCCCGGCCCCCCCUGCCCCAUCCCUGUCCCCCCCACCCCUGCAGCCCCCCCAGGGCUGCCGGAGGAUCACAACCCCCAUAAGCACCGUCCUCGGGCCUCUCUCUGUGCUCUGAGGAUGUGCUUUCCCCCCCCAUAACCCCCCCCAUCCCGUUUCCCAUUCCUUCUCCCCGAGGAGAGCCAAACUCUUUGUAUCCCCCCCCCAGCACCGCUCCCCAGCACCACAGCCAUAACCCCGGGCUGCAGGCAGGAGCGGGCCCAGCCCUUCGCCCCCCCCUCACUCAGGUACGUCCCCCCCCCUCCGCCCGCAGCCCCGUCCCCCCCUUUAGCCCCCUCCCGUGCCGUAGCUGGUGACAAAACCGCCUUUCUGCCCCCCCCGGGAAGUUGUUUAGCGACUGCUGAGAAGUCCGAAGCCUUUCUGCUUUUGAUAACACGAUAUAUUUGUUUCUCUUACUACCGAAGGAAGUUUAUUAUCAAUAAUAAUAAUAACGAUAAUUAAGAAAAAAAAAAAAAAAGAGUAUUUUUAUGACGAAUUUAAAGCAGCGCUCCCUGAGACCCUGCAGGUAAAAAAAAAGAAAAAGAAAAAAAAAAA